AUGGCUGAGCUUUGGGAGACACUGCACCGCUGGUAUCAAGGGACGCUGUAUCAGGCUAUUGCGUUGGACUUGAUCAGCUUUACGCAGCCGGGUAUUUGGGAUGCAUUGAAUGGACUGGGAGCUGGUGGUCUGGCGACUCCGUACUUUGUCAAUGCCUCCAAUGUAAUCACAUAUGUGAUCAUGAUCGUAACAUGUCCAUUAUUCGGCAUUGCUGGAAACAGGUUCAGUCUUAAGUGGGUGUCGGUGAUCGGGACGAUUGGCUAUGUACCUUAUUUUGCAGCAUUGUAUUGCAAUAGUGUCUUUGGAACCCAGUGGUUUUUGCUCCUUGGAUCGGUGACUUGUGGUUUUUCGGCUGCCGCGCUCUGGGUUUCGGAGGCUGCAAUCGCUGUCGGCUAUCCUGAAGUUGAGAAUCGUGGUACCUAUAUUGGUAACUGGAUGGCCCUCAACAAACUCGGAUCAAUCAUCGGAAAUGCCGUUCAACUAGCUCUCAAUAUAAACCAAUCCAGCAAGGGCAGCAUCAGCCCCGAGACAUACCUCGUGCUCAUCGGCCUCAGCUGCGGCGGUCUUCCACUCGCGUUAAGUGUGGCGCCGGCGCACGAGCUGAUUCGCAAAGACGGCACCAAACUGACAUUUAGCUCCGACGAGAAGCGUAUCACAAUCAAGGGUGGUUUGAAGGGGUUCUGGAAAGCGACCAAGCAGAAGUAUAUGCUGCUUUUGCUUCCGAUCUUCAUGACGGUGCGGUGGAGUCAAACAUACCAGGGGAAUUAUCUGACCGAGUACUUCUCGGUUCGAGGCCGUACGCUGGCUGCAUUUAUCCAAACGGGAUGGUUAUUGGAUUCACAAAAACUGUUCAAAACGCGACGCGGGAUGGCGCUUUCGGGAUGGCUGACAAUGUUAGCCGUGUUUAACCCGCAAUGGGUCUUGAAUUUUGUCAUGCAGACAGAGCUACAAAAUCAAAGCCCUAUCCCAUCUCUAGAUAUUCAUGACCCGGGGUAUGGGAAGGCAAUCGCUGCGUAUUGUCUGUUUGGUGUCGGAAGUCAAGCAUUUGUGGUAUGGACGUACUGGAUCCUGGGAACGUAUGAUAUCCAUGUCGACGUUCUAGCCUACACCACUGGGAUCCUUCGCUCGGUGGAGAGUCUGGGCUUUGCUAUUGCAUUUGGUAUUGGUGCCAGUGAGAAUGUCUCCCUCAUGGCUAAUCUGGUCGUCGCAUUCGUUGUUUUCUGGAUGAGCGUACCAUUCACGACCUACGCCUCAUGCCUUGUCAAUGAGCCGAAUCAAGCUCCAGAAGGCUCUGAUGACAAGGAUUUUCCGGGGGAUGCUGAGAGAAGCUUGCCCCCUAAGUCGCCGCAGAUACAGGAGCAAGCGCACGGCUUGGAUUAUGAUGCAGAACCGCAGAUCUAA